AAUAAUAUUCUCCUGGAAAAAUGACCCCUAAUACUUCAAAACUGGAUCAAAAUCCGUCAUGUCUAUAUAGAAAAGUGAAAAUGGAGCCGAUAGAUUUAUCUACAGUGGAAAUGAAUUAUCAAGGGCCAGAAAAGCCAAGAUAUCCACGCCCUAUGGGUCUUCAUGUUGCACCUACAUUUUUUCCUACGGAGGAGGAGUUUAAGAAGCCGUUGAAAUAUAUUGAAAGUAUUUCAGAAGAAGGAAAGAAAUAUGGAAUUAUUAAGAUUGUCCCUCCAAAAUCAUGGAAACCUACGUUUUCUAUUGAUUCAGAGACAUUUUUGUUUCGUACAAGAAAACAAGUAUUAAAUUCAAUGGAAGGAGGUUUUAGAGCAAAUGUUAGUUAUCUUGAUAAACUUUUUAAAUUCCAUAAGCAACAAGGAUCGCCAAUAAAAGUAUUACCGACAAUCGAUAAGCAGCCAAUAGAUCUUUAUCGGUUAAAAAGAGCGGUUGAAAGUCGAGGGGGAUAUCAUAAGGCAUAUGAGAGAAGAAGAUGGGAAGAAAUAGGUCGUGAGUUUGGAUAUACGAAUGAUGGAAGACAUUUUUCAAAUGCAGUAACAUCUUUGAAAACAAUAUAUCAAAAAUAUAUUCUUCCAUAUGAUAUAUAUUCAGAAAAAAUUAGAAACGCAUCUAAAGGUUAUCAUAAUCAAAAAAAGGAGCAGAAUGAAAAGACAUCUCCUGCUUCGUCAAAUAAUUUUCCAUUAUCUGAAGUGUACAAAAAUGAUUUAUCAAAUAAUUUGAAUAAUAAAUUAAAAAAUACUAAAGAAUCUCAUAUUAAUAUAAAGAAUGAAGAGAUACAUGAAGAUAAUAAAAUAUUGAGUAAUAGUGUUAAUAGAGAGAAAAACGAAAGUCGAAGCAGUAGAUAUAUUCGAAAAGAUCUAAAUGGAAUAACAAAAAACAAUGAGAGAUUGCCAAACAACGGUUUAGUGGAAGCGAGUUUUGCAAAUAAAGAUAAAAUUGGAGAUGUUUGUGAAGGAUGCCACAAAGGAUUAGAUAAGUCUUCUAUGUUGUUAUGUCAUGGAUGCGGUGUUAGAUAUCAUAUACAAUGUCUGGAGUAUCCAUUAACUCAAAUACCUAAACGUGAAUGGUAUUGUGAUGCAUGCUUUUUAGGAACAAGCGACUUUGGAUUUGAGGAUGGAAGCACAUAUUCCCUUAAGCAGUUUCAGGAAAAAGCUAAUUCUUUUAAAAAAAAAUACUUUUCUAAAAAACAAUUUAAUAAAAAACAAAAUUCCCCAAGCGAGGCAGAUGUGGAAGAAGAAUUUUGGAAAUUAGUUGGAAAUGUAAAUAUAACAACUGAAGUUGAAUAUGGUGCUGAUAUUCAUUCUACUACUCAUGGGUCUGGCUUCCCUACUUUAGAAAAAAAUCCUUUGGACUCGUAUUCAUCAGAUCCAUGGAAUUUGAAUAUCUUACCUUUGUCUCCUGAUUCUUUAUUAAGACAUAUUAAAACAAAUAUCAGUGGUAUGACUACGCCAUGGCUUUAUGUUGGAAUGUGUUUUUCUGCGUUUUGUUGGCAUAACGAAGAUCAUUAUACUUAUUCUAUUAAUUAUCAACAUCUUGGUGAAACAAAAACAUGGUAUGGUAUACCAAGUAGUGAUGCAGAUUUAUUUGAACAAAUUAUGAGGAAUACUAUACCAGAACUUUUUGAACAACAACCAGAUUUAUUGUUUCAGCUUGUAACUAUGAUUAGUCCUGCAAAAUUGGUAGACGAGGGUGUUAGAGUUUAUGCUGUAGAUCAGCAUGCAAACCAAUUUGUUGUAACUUUUCCUCAAGCAUAUCAUGCGGGUUUUAAUCAUGGAUUUAAUUUUAAUGAGGCGGUUAAUUUUGCUAUUCCUAAUUGGAUGAAUGAAGGAUAUAGUUUAGAGUCAGUAAAAAGAUAUAAAGAAUUUAGGAAAAUUCCAGUGUUUUCACAUGAUGAAUUACUUUUAACUAUUUCUUUUCAUGAAAAUGGAAUUAAAACUUCCAUGUGGUUAAAUGAUAUAAUAAAUGAGAUGAAAGAUCGUGAAUUGAAAUCUCGAAAAUUUUUAAGAGAAGAGAUAACUAAUCUUACUGAGGAAUUGGAUGAAACAGAUAUACAUGAAGACCAAUAUCAAUGCAGAAUAUGUAAAUCCUAUACGUAUCUUUCUCAAAUUAAAUGUAAAUGUACACUAGAAAUUGUUUGUGCGGAUCACUAUUUAGAACUAUGUGCUUGUGAGAAAAAUACUCGUAUACUUAGGCUUCGGUAUAGUGAUGAACACUUAAAUGAAAUCGCGGGAAAGAUUAGUGAACGUAGUAAUCUUCCUGUUAUCUGGACUAAAAAAUUUUAUAAAGCUAUGUCAGAAAAUGAACGUCCUUCUCUUAAACUUAUGCGUUCACUUCUUUCUGAGGUCGAAAAAAUACAAUAUCCUAUUGAAGAAGUCUCAUCUCUUAGAAGUUUUGUAGCAAAAGUAAAUGAAUGGGUUGAAAAUGCAAAUAAUUUUAUAACACGAAAACAACAAAAUCGACGUAAGAAUGAAAAAGUUUGGAGAAAAGGAAAAAUUGCAGAAUUAGGAGAGCGUGAUAAAAUUUUUAGAAAUCCAAAAUAUUUGGAGAGUUUAUUAAAAGAAGCAGAAAGUCUUCCUUUUGAUACUCCCGAGAUACAAAUGCUGCGAGAAAAAGCAGAUGCUAUAGCAUCUUUUCAGAAUCAUGCAAGGGAUGUCAUCUCUCAGGCUACAGUCUCAUCUGAACAAUGCUUGAAAAUUAUAGAAUUAGGAAAAAGUUUUAAUGUUGAUAUUCCAGAGAUUGAGCAAUUUGAACAAUAUUAUAAACAAUUAUUAUGGAUAGAGACUGUUCGUGACGCUGAGAAUAAAUAUAUUUCAUUGAAAGAAGUAAAUGAUUUGAUUUCAGAAGGAAAAGAAAUUAAGAUUCCAGAAAAUAAUCCAUAUUUUUUGAAACUUAAAAUAAGAAAAGAAAAUGGAGAAGCAUGGGAAGCACAUGCUAUUAGUCUUAUGGAACAAGAAACAAUACCUAUGGAUGAGCUAGUAAGAUUAGCUGAUCAAGCAUCUAGUUUGUCUAUAUCUCAAGGUAUUCUUGCUAAGGUUAAUUCUAUUAUAAAUAAAAUGCAUGAAGUUCACAACUCUGUUCAAAAUAUUCAGCAACGCAUAUUAAAUCCUGAUUUUUGGCAAAGACCAACUGCUACUGAAUUGAAAAAGAUUAUGGACAUUGUUAAUGCUCUCCCAAAUCCCCCAGAAGGAGUAUCUUUUCUUCAAAAGGAACAACAAAAAUUACAUGAAUGGAUUCGUCGAGGAAAGAGAUUAUUUGGAAAAGCUAAUGCACCUUUAGAGACUUUAGGACAACAUAUGGAAUACGUUGUUAAAAGAAACAAUUUAUGUCUUUCUUUGGAAGAUAAACCUCGUGCUCUUGUUGUUGAGCCUUCAUCGAGAGAACAGAGUCCUGAUCCUUCUACAUCUUUAGUUAUUAAUAAAGCUGAUGGAUAUGGAAUUUCUUCUGGUCAGAUCCCACAUCAUGAUCUUUUUUGUUUAUGUAGACAGCCAGAGUCUGGGUUAAUGGUAGAAUGUGAAAUAUGUCAUGAAUGGUAUCACGGUCGUUGCUUAAAAGUAUCUAGGAAAAAAUUACGUGAUGAUGAUAAAUGGACAUGUCCUAUUUGUGAUUAUCGUGUAGAAAUUCCUAGAUUAUCAAACCGCCCUAAGCUUGAAGAUAUGCAGCAACUCCUUUCAGAUGCAUUAUUUUUGCCAUUUAUACCCUCAGAAUUAGAUAAAUUAAAAGAGAUAGUAGAUACCGGUGUAGCAUUUAGAAAUCAUAUUCGUUCUUACAUAUAUUCGCCUCUUGGUUUAACAUCAGCAGAAGUACCCAUUAUGAGGUUUUAUUUGCGAAAAAUGGAGGGUUCUGAACUUCUUUUUGCUGAAGAAACGAAUUUUUUCAAAGCUAAACUUCAUGAACUUGUUCCUAUUGCCCCUAUACCUCCUCAGGCUAUUGAAAUAUCUAAAUCUACAAGAAAACCAAGACCUACGAAAAGACAAAGGGAGUUAAUUGCACUUGGGUUAGAUCCUAGUUCAGAAUCCUUAUCAGAAAAAUUUUCUCCUGUAACUUCUAAAAAGUCUAAAACAUUGAAUGUAUCGCAGCCAUCCAAUCCGAAAACAAACAUUACUCCAUCGCCUAUUCCUUUGAUAUGCAUUUGUAGGAGACCAUGGAUACCAAAUGAUUCUCCUAAAAUUAAUUGUUUUGAUUGUGGAAACUGGUUUCAUCAUUCAUGUGUUGGCCUAAACGAGGCUAUUUCUCAAACUUUAAAUCAAUACUUAUGCCCAAAUUGUUGUAAACGAAGAAAUCAACCAUAUUUAUUUCAUAUUAAUAAUUAUAAUAAUGAUAGUACAUUAUCAUCUAGUCUUAAUGAAAUACAUUCAUCUAAUACAUAUCAUUAUGGUAGACCUUUGUACCAUCAAGAUAUAAAAGUCAAUCAUUCUAUCGGAGAUUAUACUUCUCAGUCAAUUUCUUCAACAAAUAAUAUUUCAAAUAUUUUUGAAGCUUUUGCAAAUCAGGGGCUUUCUGAUAAAACUUUGUUGGGAAAUAUUCGAAAUGAUAGCGAUAUUGAAAAUUCUGUUCAGUCAUCACAAACAGAUCGAGAAUUAUUAUAUGCUUUAGUAGAUUUAGCACAAGGUAUUCAAGGUCAUCAAGGAACUGGACAUCAAGAAUAUUCUGCGAAUUUGAUGGACGAAGAUAGCAAUUUUGCUGAUAAAUAUUUUAAUGCAUCAUAA